UGCCAUUAUGUGAAAUAUUAACUCUGACGCUAUUUUGAAAGGAAGGUAUUUACUUUCGCUCAAGUUCCAUUCUCACAUCACAGUUUAAUUUAUUUAUUCAAAGUGAAAUACCGCGUCAAGCUCUUCAUCAGAGACCGGCUGCUGUAGGCCCUCAUAACUUAAGAGAAUGACAAGCCUUGUGAGGGUGUACAUCUGCCCCAACCUUCCGUGUGGUCACGUUCGUAUUGACUGAACUACGCUGAAUUGACGUCACGCAUGGCGACCUACACGUUAUAAAGACAACAAUACCUACUAGAGUGCAGGACACUGCCUCCUGUAGGAGACGUUCUGUAAUGUCGAGUGAGUAACACGAAGCUCAACAAGAAAAUUCCGACUGUUGCCGCCCUCAUGACCGAGUCGCCAUAACACCACAUGCAGGAUGGCGGGCGCCGAAGACACGAUUUACCUGUGCAACUUCCGCGUGUCUGUGGACGGCGACUGGCUCUGUCUGAAGGAGCUUGCGGAGGCGUCUGGAGGAGGAGGCCCUCUGAGCCCCCACAGUCCGGGGACGGAUGGACUGGGGGGCCACUUCGCCUUGCCCCCCAACCUCUUCACGCCUUACAUCCCCGUCGCCGUUGAGAGGGACCCGGUGAGCAUCGAGCGCAGCAACCUGGUCAACAUCUGCAAGCUGGUAGUGAAGGAGCUGAUCGAGUCCUCCCUUAAGAGCGGACGACAACUCGACUCCGACUCCGUGCCGCUGCAGCACUUCUUUAUUGUCCUGGAGCACGUGCUGCGACAUGGCCUUAAGCCCAAGAGGGGUCUGCUGGGCCCCAAGAAAGAGCUCUGGGACUUAUUCCAGCUGGUCGAGCGCUGGGCCGUCGAGGCCCAGGACAUCACGGCCAGCGUCAGGGACCUGCCCACCGUCAACACGGCGCUGGGACGGGCGCGCGCGUGGCUGCGGUUGGCGCUCAUGCAGAAGAAGCUCGCGGAUUACUUCCGUCUGCUGCUGGAGCGCCGCGAUCAGCUGCUCGUUGAGUUCUACGAGCCAGGCUCUCUCAUGCUCGCUGAUGAAGCCAUCGUCAUUAUGGGGCUCCUAGUCGGUCUCAACGUCGUCGACUGCAACCUCUGCGUCAAGGAGGAGGACCUGGACAGCCAGAUGGGGGUGAUCGACUUUUCGCUGUACCUGCGCCGUGGCCCCAUCUGCUCCCCAGGCUGUGACGUGCCUAGCGACUCGUGCCUCCCCACCACCUCCUCCUCGGAGCACCAGAACCUCACCACCGUCCUCGACCAGAAGAACUACAUCGAGGAGCUCAACCGCCACCUCAACGCGACGGUGAGCAACCUGCAGGCGCGCCUCGAGAACCUGACGACGACCAACGCGCUCAUCAAGGAGGACCUGAGCAUCGCGCGCACCAGCCUGGCCGCCCUGCAGGAGGAGAACGACUCCCUGCGGCAGGAGCGCGGCCUGCUCACCGUCGCCCAGCAGCACAGCAAGGACAGGGAGGUAGGCUGCUGGGACAGGGAGGGUGCGUGUAAGCUGCAGGAGCUGGCCGCCCAUAACGCGCAGGUGGAGCGGGAGCUGGAGCUGCAGGUGCAGAUGAAGGCAGAGAGCGAGAUGGCGGCCAAGUUGCUCGAGAAAGACAUACACGAGAAGCAAGACACCAUCGUCUCCCUCAGGCGGCAGCUCGAGGACAUCAAGACUAUCAACCUGGAGAUGUACCAGAAACUCCAGGAAUGCGAAGUUGAAAUAUCCGAGAAGGGUCUCAUAGUGGCUCGCCUGCAGGAGAAAACCGUCAAGAUAAGCUCGAUGCUGAUGGCCAUGCGGGCGGCCGAGGGCCUUGACGACUCCAACAAUACAAAACAGGGACCCAAUAAAGCUCUUGAUAAGCGCGCCUCACUCCGGGAGGCCUACAAAGUCUCCGACAUGGAAUUCAACUGGACUCAACAGAAAGACCGGCUGUCCAAAGUGUCCUCCGAUGCCCACGAUCUUCUUGUGGUGGAUGAUGGUUCAGAUAAUAGGACGACUGAUGAUGUAGAUAAGAGGGAGAGAGAUGAUGCUGUUGAUAAGGGUGAAACGGAUUAUGCUGCUGCUAAUGGUGAGACGGAUGAUAGUACUGCUGAUAAGGAGGAGACGAAUGAUGCUGCUGAUAAUAGCGCGGUGGAUGUUGAAGGAUCUAACCGUUCUGACGUUGUUUAUGAAGGAGAUGAUGUCGGUGACGAUGAAGUCAAAGUUGAAGACACUUUUGUGUGUGUCGCAGUUGAUAGUACAGACAUUAUCACAUCCGACGGAGAUGACGCCAGGAGCAGAGACGAGACCGAGGAAGUUCUUGCUCCAGCAGGCAGUACACAUAAUACCUAUUCCGAAGAACUCGUCGAGCGGCUGGACUCGCAGGAGUGCGGUGAAUUGCUUCCCACGCAAAACGUUCCAGCUAUCGACGAGACGAUCCUGGAACAGCCGGUUGAGUUCACUGGUGCUGUAGAAAUGAACGAAAUUUCUGGUAACGAAGAAACUGAAGAAAUUGCACAUACAGAUCAGCGAACGCCGCACGAUGCGCCUGUGGCGGUGCAGUCCGGAGGCGAUGCAGGAGCUAGAACGCUCAAGGAAGAGUCGGCUAAGCCGAGCACAGCGGCAGGUGCUAAGCCAACGGACAGGCGGGACGCCACGAAGAAGGAUGCCGCGCCUACCAAGAAAGUGGCUGAGGGCAGCAGAGCGAGCGCCAGUAAAGCUGUCCCCAGCAGAAGGCUUACUGAAGGGAUUAGGAACAGCAACAUUGCUGCUAGGAAAGUUCCCAUCAGGAGUUCGCUUCUUGAUAAGAAGAAAGAUGCAAAAACAAGCGCAUUUGUGACGUUGUUGAGUUUAAUUUAUUAUUUGAGGCUGCGUUUACAGGACUGCGAGACGUCCUUACGAGACGCGCGUGGCCGCCUCGCGAGCGCCGACUCGCGCGCCGCGGGCUUGACUUCUGAUGUGCACAAACUGCGUACCCAGCUGGAGGAGGUGGUGAUACAGAAGGAGGCGGCAAAGGAGACUGCUACGCAGCUCAGCCAAAAGAUCUCGAGUGGGGAGCUGAAGUGGUGCUCCCUGGAGAGCGACCUGCGCGUGGAGCGCGAGUGGCGCGUGGCGCUGCAGGAGGCGCUCGACGCCGACCGUACGCAGCGGGAGCAGAACAUCGCGCUCGCCAGGGACUACGAGAAGCUUAAGGAGAGUCACGCGGAGCUGCAGCGCUCUCAGGACGCCCUCAGGAGGACCAUCGCCGAGCAGGAGCUCACCAUGGAGGAACUCGGCGUUCAGCUCUCGCACUCUAAACUCAAAGUUGCUGACCUCAAAGACGUGUCGCGGUCGCUGAAGGAGGCGCAGUGGGCGCCUGACAAGGACGUGCGUCAGUGCCGGCAGUGCCUGAAGGAGUUCAAUAUUUCCAGACGUCGCCAUCACUGCAGGAACUGUGGCAACAUUUUCUGCAACCUCUGCAGCCAGAACAGCAUGGCCCUGCCUUCCUCUGCCAAGCCUGUUAGAGUAUGUGACGACUGUCACGUGGCCCUGUUGCAGAGGUGCUCCACCACAGACUGAGAGCUGCUCUAUAUAUUCUCCAUAUUAUAAUCAUCAGCGAAUCUUUUGAUCGUCCCUCAUACCUAAAGUCGAGGUCCCGGGUAAUUCGCAUUCCGGUUUGACUGGAAACCGGGCACCCCUCUGCUUUGCUCACCAAGAACAAGUGUUGUUAACAGCUUUGAUUCUUUCAAUUUGAUUUCAUAAACAGAAUACGGCAGUUUAUCUUUAACUAAGGUUUGUCGUGAUUUAUCUACAUUUCAUCCACUUCUUGUAUGGCUGUAUGAAACAAUCCAUAAUACAUAGUAAUCUCAUGCAGUCCCGUUAGCCCGGUUAAUUAGAACACGUGAAGUUUUUCGUGUCAGUCCCUUUUGCCCACUACUAGCCGUUUGCUGCCACAUAAUUUCUUGUUAAUGGGUCAUUGAAAUGAGAUAUUUGUUGUUGGUUGGUCAACGAGUGGGCUUUUCAAAUUCAAUUUUCCGAUAACAUUUGUUGAAAUAUAGUAACUAUUUUUGGGACGGAGAAGUGAUAGUGUGACUGAAGCUAUUCUAUCAGCUAUUUGCUGAUCAUAUUCUCUUGCAUAAGUCUGUUUUUCAUAUUAUUUAAAAACCUGAUACGCUUCCAAUAACAAACCGUCUUUGUCGGUGAUAACAAUUAAUAUUUCCUUGCGCUUCCCGUUUGCACGUAACUUCCCGGUGUUUUCAUUCCUCGCUUGUUAUCCUGCCGUUGGCUCGUAAUCUCCUUUUGUGUUUGUUAUCCUUGUGGCAGUUCUAUUGUUGGUAUUAAGCUUUAGCUUAGUCUGGAUUAAGCUUUAGCUUAGUCUUUGUAUUAAGCUGCAGCUUAGUCUGGUAUUAAGUUUUAGCUUAGUUACUCAUUAUUUCUAAGUUUAUUGACGUAUUGCAUAGAAUCUCAAAGUCCUAAUUUUACAAUCGAGAGCAGGAGAGUCUUUCUGCAGCUGUAAUGGUCUCUUAUUUCGCGCCCAAUCAGCUGAGAAUUGACGAGUCAUGACACCCUUGACUGAACCUGCUGCUCAUUUCCUGAUAGUUAUAAUGCUGUAUUAUCGAUUUAAUUUAUUUAUUAGGAUUUUUUUGUACCAAGCAGGACUUGUAUGAUAGAAGACACGUUUAGCUUUAGUAAUCAUGUUGACGCUAUCGUCAAGCAACGCUCCUGUUAUCAAGCUUUCAACUCGAAUUUAGUUUCAAAUUUGAACUUGCCGGAUCUGCGGAGAGCAGUGAUUCUACAAACUAGUUCUUAGCGCUCAUUUUUAUUAGGCUCCUUUAUUCUAAAAAUGAAUUUAGGUGUUAAGACUGUUUUUAUGAAGUGCAAUUCACUCACAAUGUAGAUGAUGGUGUAGUGGUGCUAAUUCGUCUUAAGACUCAUAGUUUAAGGAGUGCAUGUUGUACGGUAAGUAACGACUAAACAAGUUACCAUUUCGAAAUGUGAUCGGUGGUUUGGUACGCUGUUUUAAUAUUUAUUUAUAAGGCACGUUAGGAUAGUCACUGCCUCCAUAAGUGGGCAGUGUAAGAUGUGCAAGUGUACGCGCGUUUAAUAUUGCCUGACCCAUUGAAUCUCAUUGAGUAUUGUUGCGCUGAAGUUAACUAAUUUCUAGUUUGUUUCAAGGUGUUGAUUACGUUGCUUGCUGAUUAUGUCCUGGUAGCCUCGUCUCGAUAUCUUUGAAAUCAAUUGGAAAACCUCUCCUUCAAUGUCCUCACUAGUGCCCCUUGUAUUACUGGGAACCUGCUUUUAAUUCCAUAUGUAUUCACGUUCGAGGUGAAGCGAAUAUUGAAUUUUCAAUAUGUACGAUAUUUUCAAUUAGCUUGGGAGAAUAAUUUUAAGAAAUUGACUAACCGGUUCCUGAAGAUUCGUUGCACAACUAGCCGUUUGCUGAGUCGAGCCCAUUAAAGCCAACGAACAAAAUAAUGUUUUACAUUUUUAUAUGUAGCAGAAAGUGAACAGUGGAACGUACACUUUACGCUCCAUCUUCCAGAGCUAGCCAGCAUGUGCUUAUCGUGUGGUGUGUGUGAUGAGAAGGGUGCGUGCUUGCUCUGCUAGAAAUGCAAUAGGACUAAAUGAUAUUAGUAUACAGUUGAAUUUUUAACAAAAAGAAAAUAAUUAUUUGGGAUCGAAAUUCCAUAUUUUUGUACGCAGCCGAACUCCGGUGACAGAUCAGAAAUAUAUUUCAAUGAUAA